AUGGAUUACAGCGCAGAUCAGAGUGGGUUCAGACAGCGUAAGUUACAACCAAACAUUCUUGCACGGAAUAGCUCGAUGGACGCGUCAGAUGCUAGCCAGCUGUUUGAAGACACAAGUGGAGCUCGCCAUGGAUCACAAGCAGGAUACAAGCCGCAGACUGGGGACCACGGGUUCCCUGGUUUCUCUGACCCCAUGUCUAACCUGGCCAUGGCCUAUGGCAGCUCACUGGCAACUCAGGGGAAGGAGUUAAUGGACAAGAACCUGGAUAGGUUUAUUCCCAUUUCAAAGCUCAAAUACUACUUUGCUGUGGACACGGUCUAUGUGGGAAAGAAACUAGGCCUCCUUGUUUUCCCCUACAUGCAUGAGAACUGGGAGGUGAACUACCAACAGGACAUCCCUGUGGCCCCACGCUUCGACGUCAACGCUCCUGAUCUGUACAUUCCGACUAUGGGUUUCAUCACGUACAUUUUGGUUGCUGGGCUGGCACUGGGCACACAGAACAAAUUCUCCCCAGAGCUGCUGGGAGUCCAGGCCAGCUCAGCGUUUGUGUGGCUGGUCAUGGAGGUGCUCGCUGUCCUUCUGUCCCUGUACCUGGUGACCGUUAACACCGACCUCACCACUAUAGACCUGCUGGCUUUUGCUGGCUACAAAUAUGUUGGCAUGAUUGUUGGCGUAGUCUUGGGCUUGUUAUUUGGGCGGCUAGUCUACUACCUUUCCCUACUCUGGUGCUGUGCGGCCAUAUUUGUAUUCAUGAUUCGGACCCUGCGCCUGAAGCUCCUCUCCGAGUCGGCGGCUGAGGGCAGACUGGUUCGAGGGACGAGAAACCAGCUGAGGAUGUAUCUGACCAUGGCCAUAGCAGCCGCACAACCCGUCUUCAUGUACUGGCUCACCUUCCACCUGGUCAGAUAA